ACAAGGUGCUUGCAUGCAUUUAGUAUAAAAGUUUGCAUGGAUUGCACACAAUAAUUAUCAUUAUCAUUGAGACAGACUAUUACUAUGUAUAUAUAGAUCUAUACUUACUGUAGCAUUUCAGCCUGUUAACAAGUGAGAAGAGAUUUGACUGAUAGAUCUAUAUAGGCUAUAUAGCUGUUCGUUUCUAUUGACUACUAUGCUUAGUUCAAGUUUAUUUUCGCUGCUGUGUGUAACUCUCACUCUCAUCUGUGGUGGAAGCACUGAAGGGCAUUUACCAGUUUAUCCAACGGUUUCUCCUGAUACUGACAUUGGUUCCCUUUACUUUGGAUUAUUGGUUGGAGAUUCACUUGAGAAUAGCUUAGUACUUGCAGCUGUGAGAUUGUCUCUCGACAUCAUCAAUAAUCGCUCAGACAUUUUGAGUGGAUAUUCUCUUCACUACACUCUGACUUAUUCUGGUUGCUCUGGAAGUGACUUGGUGGAUAAGACCUUCACACAACUGGAUGGCAGACCAGAUGGCUGUAAGAAACUUGGCUUACUCACUGCAGGUUGCACCAGCACAUCACUUGUUUCGUCUUAUGUGGGCAAUCACUUCAAUGUCCCUGAGAUACUGUGCUCUCAGACUGUACAAAGUGAUGCAAGAGAUUUGAAUGUGUUUAGAACUCAUCCCUCCAAGUUAGUGCUUGUACCUGCUCUCGUUAGCAUCAUAGCCUCUUAUGAAUGGACGAAAGUGGCUCUCAUGGUGGAGAACAAGCAAGAAUACACUCAAAUGAUUAAAGCGUUGAAGGAGGAAGUGAUGGACCUGAACAUUACCCUCUCUGUCACAACUAUGGAUCUCCAAGGAGACUCGCUAAAAGUGAUCGGGAGCUGUGGCAAAGAUAUAUUUGACUCUGACGUAAGGAUAUUCAUACUGGUGAUGUCUUUGGAAAUGGCUCGACACUUGCUUUGUCAGGCAUUCAAGCAAAGUGUGAAGUAUCCCAAACAUGAGUUUGUAUUGGUUAGUGAACAAAACAGCAACUGGUGGGUAUCAUCACAAUCAGAGGAUGGACGUUACGGCUGCUCUUCUAAUCAACGAGCUGAUGUGCUGAGCCAUUCACUUGGACUGCAACUAAAUCAAGAUUACAUUGUUCGUAAACAGCAGGUAUUCAAAAAUAUUUCUGAGGAUACUGAUAUCUCUAACUUUACUGGCGGAUCACAGGCUAAGUAUUGCUACGAUGCUGUCUGGACAUUUGCUUUGGCACUCAGCAAAACCGUGACAGAGUUUGGUGAUAUCAACUGCACUUAUCAAGACUCUCAAAUGGACCAGUUGUACAGUAAUAUUCAAGAAACUGACUUCAUUGGAAAAACAGGUCAUGUGAGAUUUACCAAUGGCGGGGAGCGAUUGACUGAUGACAUUGAGAUACUGGUGACACAAUAUCAAACUGAAGAGUCACAAUGGAGUAACUUGAAUGCUGUUACUAUAGGAUCCUACGUGCAGAGUGAAUUGACACUUUAUGACAACAAAACCAUAUGGCCAGAUGGAAUUCCAUAUGAUGGCAACUUGUCAGUGUGAUAGUUACUGUCUCCACUCCAUUAGUUGUUGUUUAUUAUUUAUUCGCAACUGCUGGUAUCAUCUCAACACUAGUCUGUUGUGUUAUUCAAUUAUGCCUGCAGGAAAA